CUGAGCCGCGAGCGCGGGACCAGGCGGGAAACGCUGGGCGCAUGCGCAGCGCGGCCGCCCGGGCUCCUCGGAUGGGGAAGGGAAGGUGGAGUUUUCAAGCGGGAACUUGACCCGUUAGGCGCCGCGGCCAUGGCGGCGCGCUCGCCGUCCUCCCCGCUGCCUCCGCCCCCGGGACGGCAGUCGGGCCGCCGGUCCCCGCGCCCGGUGCAUGACGUGCGUAGCGAGGCCUCGGGGCUGGCGGACGCCGCGAGGGAGGUCUUCGCGGCUAAAAGCGACCUAGUCUGGAGGGGCGAAGAAGGGACAGGGGGCCGGCGAGGGCCGGGCCUGGCCGGGGCCGCUGUCGCUCCAGUCGCCAGCGCGCCCCCGGGGUCCUGGCAGCCAGAGGGCCUCUCGGUAGUGGAGGCGAAGGCGACUCGGAUGCAGCUGCUGGAGGAAGAGCUGAGCAGCCUAAAGGAGGAGCUGGCCCUGUGUCAGGCUGACAAAGAAUUUGUAUGGUCUUUGUGGAAACGUCUCCAGGCAGCAAAUCCAGACCUCACUCAGACUGUCCGUAUGGUUGUGGAAAGAGAAAAACAGAAAUCUGAAGUCAAAGACCGAAAAGUUCUGGAAAUUUUACAAGUCAAGGAUGUUAAAAUACAAGAACUGGAACAGACUGAAUCAGAAUUAAGACAGGAAAUAAACGACCUUGUAAAAUGGAAGGCUAUGGUUGAUGAAGAAAAUGCCUUCUUGAGGAAAGAAUUCAGUGAUUUACAGAAGAAAUGUAAAGACAAAAGCCAAGAGCUUAAGGACACUAAGGAGUUUGUACAGAAUAAAGAAGAGCAAAGCAGGCUGUUUAUAAAAAACCUGGAGGAGGAAAAUGAGAAAUUACGUACACGCUGCACUGACCUGCUAAAUGACCUGGAGAAACUGAGGAACCAGGAAGCAUAUUGGAGAAAAGAAAAAGACAGUGCGGAUGCGAAAGCAAAGGCUUUUGAAGACAAUUUAAUUGAAGCAAAGAAAGAAAUUGAAUUAUCACAGAGUAAAUAUAAUGCUCUGUCACUACAGUUGAACAACAAGCAGACUGAACUUCUCCAAAAAGACAUGGAUAUUACACUGGUCAGGAAGGAGCUGCAGGAGCUGCAGAACCUGUACAAGCAGAACAGUGCACACACAGCCCAGCAAGCCGAGCUGAUCCAGCAGCUCCAGGUCCUCAAUAUGGAUACACAGAAGGUACUGAAGAACCAGGAGGAUGUUCACACGGCUGAAAGUGUAUCCUACCAAAAACUUUAUAAUGAAUUACAUAUAUGUUUUGAAACUACAAAAUCAAAUGAAGCCGUGCUGCGACAAAGUGUUGUUAAUCUUCAGGACCAACUGUUUCAAAAAGAACAAGAAAAUAUAAAAUUAAAAGAAAAACUUAAGGGAUCACAAGGAGAACCCUGUUCAUCAACUCCAGAAAGUGAGUCACAUCCCUCAGCAAAGCCAUCAUUAUCAAGCUUGGAAGCAUUAAUGGUCUCACAGAAGUCUGAAAUCGAGUAUUUACGGAAGAAACUGAAGGUGGCAAAUGAAAAGUUGUUGGAGUUUAGAUCCUCUAACCAGAGUUUCUCAGGGAAGAGCACUGAAGGAAAACACAAGGAACCACCUGUGAAACGCUCAAGGUCUUUGUCCCCAAAGAGCUCUUUCAUGGGCUCAGAGGAGCUAAGGAAGCUGAAAAGAGCGGAAAGAAAGAUUGAAAACUUAGAGAAGACAUUACAGCUAAAGAGCCAAGAAAACGAUGAGCUAAGAGAUGCCCAUGAAAAACGCAAGGAAAGGCUACAGAUGUUACAUACCAACUACAGAGCAGUAAAAGAGCAAUUAAAACAGUGGGAAGAAGACAGUAGCAUGAGUGAAACUAGAAAAAUGAAGCGAGCACAUCCUCAGCAACUUCGACAAGAAGAUUCUGAUGCUGUGUGGAACGAACUGGCAUAUUUCAAAAGAGAAAAUCGAGAGUUGAUGGUUCAAAAUUGGAUACUCCAGAGUUUGGUGCAUAUCUAUUGGUUAACUGAUGGUCUCCCUCCUUAUCACCUCUGGAUGAAUCUUCAAGAUGAAUUGGAUGAGCUUAAAGUACAUAUGUCUAUUGAUAAAACAACAAUACAAGAAUUAAGUAGGUGCAUGGCAGAGAAAAGAGAAGAACAACUCUUUAGACACCAUGAAGAUGCUGGGGUCAGGAAGAGUGCUCCAGAGAAGAAUGAGAAAGCAAUACCGGAGCAGACAUUACAGAAGGUCAUUGAGUUGGAAAAUCGGCUAAAAUCUUUUGAGCAAAAGUCAAGAAAAUUAAAAGAGGUGAAUAAAAAAUUAAAGAAAGAAAAUGAUUUCCUGAAAUCCCAUUUAAAACACUAUCAAGAAGAUUCUGAAGUGAGAGAAAAGGAGCUGGAGCACCUACUGAAGGUGAGUAAAGAUGUAGAAAAUGACAAAGGUGAACUUCAAGUCAAAAUCACUGAGCUGGAGAGAGAAGUCGCUACCCUGAGGAGACAAGUGGCAGAGGCCAAGGCUUUGAGAAACGACAGUGAAGAGGCAGUGAGUCCAGGCGAGAAGUGCCACCAUCCCACUGACAAAGCUAAAUCUGAGAUGGCCGCCAGAGAGGUGAGAGCCGGGCCGUGUGCCUGCAAGACAACCACUACCAAGGUGAAAUUUAAAGCUGCCAAGAAAAAGAUCUCUGUGGGUCGCCACCACACGCUUCUCAAUCACUCCAUCAAGGUUAUGAGCCACGUUGAGAACCUCAGCAAGGAUGGCUGGGAGGAUGUGAGUGAAGGCAGCAGUGAUUCUGAAACACAAAUGUCUCAAAAUUUGGGAACAAUUAUUGUGGAAACAUCCCAGAAAAUAAGCCCUAUAGAAGACGGUGGAGACCAGAAAGAAAUUGAUCAAACAGAAGAUAGCUAUGCUCAACAAAGGGAAAUGCAGACAUGCUCCCACGAGGAUGGCAGAGCCCUGAAGGAUAUUUCUCAUUAUAAGAAUACCAAGAAAAUGGCUUUUCAAAAGAAGAGUGGAAGCACACAGAAGAGUUUGCGUGCAGUGGUCCCUGCCAGAGUUAACAGAGAAAAGUGCAAAAAUAUCCCUGCCCAAAAAUCCAGUAGCAACACUAUUUUAUUACGAGAACGGAUUAUCUCCUUGCAGCAACAGAACAGUUUGCUUCAUAAUGCCAGGAAAGCAGCAGAGUCAUCUGCUAAGGAAUAUAAAGAAGCCAACGAGAAACUCCUCCACCAACAGCAGGUAUCUGAGCAGCGAUUUCAGACCAGCAGACAGACAAUAAAGAAGCUUACUCUUGAUUUGGCUGGACUUCAAAAAGAAAAAGAAGAUUUGCUAAAGAAAUUGGAGUCUUCAUCUGACAUCACAAGCUUGGCUGAAGAAGUUUCUAGAGCAAUAGCCCCACAGAUACGUGUUACCACACUGGGCCCUUCACGGAGCAUGGAUUUGGAAAUGAAGCAAUUACAGUGUAAACUAAAGAAUGCAACUAAUGAGCUCACUAAACAGUCAUCCAAUGUGAAGUCUCUGAAACUGGAGCUCCUAGCGAAAGAAGAUCACAUAAAGGAGAUGCAUGAAAAGACAUCUCGAAUGGAGAGAGAUAUAACCAUGAAAAGACACCUGAUCGAGGACUUGAAAUUUCGACAGAAAGUAAAUUCCGAAAACAAUGAGAGUUUUAACGAAAUGUUAGAAAGUCUUGAAAAAAAGGUGAAGACAUUAACUGAAGAAUGUUCCAACAAGAAAAUAUCAGUUGAUUCCCUAAAACAAAGACUUAAUGUUGCUAUGAAGGAGAAGUCACAAUAUGAACAGAUGUAUCAGAAAACUAAAGAGGAGUUAGAUAAAAAGGAACUUAAGCUGAGUCUCCUCAUCUCAAAAAUAAAUGAAACAGAAACAGCAAUGGCACAGAUUGAGACAGCAGCAUCGGAACAGCUCCAAAGCUUAGCCCUGCAGAGCGAACAGGUCCUGGAAGGUGCGCAGAAGAAACUGCUGGCAGCCAAUGAAAAACUAGAAGAGUUCACCACCUUUGUGAAGGCUUUGGUCAAAGAGUUACAAAGUGAUGUCCAUAGGACCAGACAUCAAAUCAGAGAGCUUAAGAAGAUGCAGAGAAACAGACAUGCUUGUAAAACCUCAACCCAUAAAGCACAGACCUUGGCAGCAUCCAUCCUGAACAUUUCACGAUCAGACCUCGAGGAAAUACUGGACACAGAAGAUGAAGUGGAAAUUGAAAAGACCAAGAUAGAUGCUGAAAAUGACAAGGAAUGGCUGUUGUACAUUCAGAAACUUCUGGAAGGACAGCUUCCUUUUGCCUCAUAUUUACUAGAAGCAAUACUGGAGAAAAUAAAUGAAAACAAGAAACUAACUGAAGGAUAUCUCACAGUUAUGAAGGACUUUAGAUAAUGCUAUAGAUGCAGUAUAUAUUUAUAUAUGUAUGCAUCUGUGUUCAAAUAUGAGCAUUUCUUGUGCUAUGCUUGUGAACAGUCCAGAACAGUGUCUGCUACAGCUAUCAAUGAGUGGCUUCAAUACCAAAAGAAGAAAUCUCUGAAAUUAACCGAUUGCUGAACAAGGGUAACUAGUUUAACUAGUUUAGUCUGAGUGCAUAGCCACUUAAAAGGAAAGUCUAGCAUUUGAUUGCUGGAUAAAAAUGUUUUCACAAAUACAAACUUAAAAUAAUUUUCUUCCAGUACAAAAUAAAAAGCAAAGACAAGCUUGUCACAUACAUAUUAGUCUGGGUAUAAAAAGAAAAUGGUGGAAAUAGAUUGCUUAAUAUUGUAAAUUUUAUAUGAAAACUAGACUUUUGCAUAAAAUUGUUAUAAAUGUCCUUUUGUUAUCCAGUGAAUGAUAUAUUUGUGUGAUGAGAAAAUAUAAGUAAAUUAUCUUAACAUGAAGGAGGAUAAUUGAAUGAAGCUAUUGUGUGGUUGAUUGUAUCUGUUCUUAUUUACAUACUGAAUUAUACAGAAGAUACUGUGUUUUUCUAGAACUAUCUGGCAAAAUAAAAACCAUUUCCUCCUC